AUGCUCUUCGGCACCUUUGCCCUCCUCGUCAACGCGGCCUCGGCCCUCGCGGCCAUCAGCGUCACCCAGCCCUCCAAGGACCUGUGGUGGGUCAACAACAGCGUCAACACGCUCGCGUGGACUGGCUCGGCGCCGCCCAACGACUUUGUCGUCAUGCUCUCGAACCCGGACACCAAGCUUCUCACGACCGACAGCGCGAUUGGGUCGAUUGCGCAGACCUUCAUGUUCUCGCUCACUAUCCUGCCAGUAAAGUGGAACGCUGGUACUGGGUACACCAUUAAGCUCGUCAACCCACUGAACGGCACUGAGGUGUACGCCCAGUCGGAGCAGUUCGAGAUCAAGGCAGAGGGCUCGACCUACGCCACGGCCGGUGUGACCAGCGCUGCGGGCACGCUCGCGCCCACCGGAGCCGACUCCGCAAACGCCACGGGCUCCUCGGCCGCGGCCACGACCUCGACCAAGUCCGGCGCGAUGGCCAACGCUGUCCCCGCCGUCGCGGCCGUCGCCGUCGCCGGUGCCGCGUACAUCCUCGCUUAA